AUGGACGCGUUGCGGCUACUGGACGGCGUCUCGGACGCGCUUGCGCCCGACCUAUCGGCGCUCCUUGCGUCUGACCACGUGCAGUACGUCCAGACCUGUCACGAGCUCUUCUUGUGCUCGUUUUUCCCGCUCACAGACGCAGAGAUUUGCGCGCUCGAAGCGAACGGGAACUCGGCGGAAGACUGGAAACAGGUGCGGAAGACCUCUGCGGACGUACCACUGCAGACGUCGCGUGUCCGCCAGUGCGUCUUCCACGGAAAAGUCGUGCUCGGCAGCUUCUCGUCCACCUUCCGCCACAAUGUCGACGGCGUGCCGUUCUGCUGUGGUGUGUACAACUCGGUGCUGAGUCACGUUGUCGUGCUGGACGACGCGCUCGUGAGGGACACACUUGUGCUCAAGCACGUGCUCGUGGACGCUCGAGCGUCCGUGAUCAAGUGUGGUAGCGUCACGGGUCCAGACGCAGCAAACGUAGCAGGAGGUAAAGCAGGAGCAACUACAGCAGCUAACGGCAGGUUGGUGCACGUGGGUGUUGAGACAGGCGGUCGCGGUGUUCGUGUCGUGGCCGAUUUACCGUUUGCUGUGGUAGCAGCUCUUGCUACAAGGACGAGGCGAGAGGCCGCGUUCUUGACAAUGUACGAGACGGUUGUAAACGAGUAUAUUGCAAAGGUCCAAGUGCCAAUGACAAUCGUGGCACCGCACGCUCGUGUUCGGGGCUGUUUUCGUGUCCAAAGUACGUUUGUCGGAAAGGCUGCAGUCGUCGAAGACUGCAACGUUGUCAACUCGACGAUCUUGUCGACUGCGGAAGAACCGUCUGUUGUCCGAAGCAAAAGCAGUGUCUGUGACUCGAUCGUGCAGUGGAACUCAACCGUUGAGACUCUCAGUAUUGUCCAAGGGUCAUUUCUGUGCGAUACGUCGCGUGUUGCGCGGCAUGGGGUUGUCACGAGCUCUGUGAUCGGACCGAAUACGUCGAUCGCUGCAGGAGAGGUGACAUCCAGUUUCGUGGGACCGUUUGUGGGGUUUCACCAUCAGGCGCUAUUGAUUGCCUCGGUCUGGCCGAAAGGCAAAGGAAACGUUGGGUACGGCGCUAACGUUGGCAGCAAUCACACUCUGAAAGCACCUGACCAGGAGAUAUUUCAUGGUGAGGGAGUGUUCUUUGGAUUGGGGUGCAAUGUCAAGUUCCCCUCCAAUUUCGUAAGGGCGCCGUAUUCUGUUAUCGCGACUGCGGUCAACACGCUACCGCAGCUGGUGGCAAUGCCGUUUGCGCUGAUCAACACACCAGGUCAUCACGUAUUAUCGCUAUCUCCAGCGAUCAAUGAAAUCUCGCCAGGAUGGGUGCUUUCCAACAGCGUAUUCACUGUGCUCCGGAAUGAAGACAAAUUUCGCUCGCGAAACAAAUCAAAGCGCACGCUUAUUGAGUCCGACAUCUUUCGCCCGGAGAUUGUCCAGUACAUGAAAGACGCUCGUGUGGAACUUGUGACCGCAGAAGGCAAAGCAGAACUUUAUCUUGCGGAUGGAGAGGCUGUGUACACUGAUAAACAAGCUCGAGGACUGGGCAAGAACUACAUGCGCGAGACAUCUCGCUUAGCGGGAAUCGCGGCAUACACGUUCUUCAUCAAGCUAUAUGCUCUCGACGCGCUGUUGAACUGCGUGGAAGAUGGCUGCGUGGGCACUGACGAUACCGUUGCAUCGGUGGACAGCUCUCAAUAUGGUCUAGCAACGUUAUUAGAAGAAUUUGACCGAAGCAGCCUUAUUCGUGACUGUCUUAGCGAUCUCGUUUUGAUGAAGACCAAGAUAGCGAACAUGGCUGCAGAUGGCAAGACGCGUGACGAUGUUCGCGGUCAGCGAAUUACUCCUGGCUACUCAGACGUGCACAAGUCAGUAGCGGAUGAGCCUGUGGUUUUACAAGCUUGGAGGACUGCAAAAGAGACCGAGGAGCGAGUGGCUGCGUGCAUAGCUGGUACCUGA